GACCAGCCAGGAGAAAGAGAAGCAACUCCAGACCCACCUGAAAAUAAUCUCUCAGGCAACACACCCCUAGACAAGCAGCCAGGCAAUUCUCUCCUGCUACCACACACUGCCCCAGGGUUUCAUCAGCUCCCAGUUGGACUUGAACCCCUCUGGAAAGAACGCCAUGAGCACCGAAAGCAUGAUCCGGGAUGUGGAGCUGGCUGAGGAGGAGCUCUCCAAGAAGGCAGGAAGCCCCCAGGGCUCCAGAAGGUGUUGGUGCAUCAGCCUCUUCUUUCUCCUCAUAGCAGGAGCCACUACACUCUUUUGCCUGCUGCACUUCGGGGUGAUCGGUCCCCAGGGGGAAGAGCAGCACCCAAAUACCCUGCCGCUGCUCAACACUCUGGCCCAGACACUCAGAUCAUCUUCUCGAACCCCAGGUGACAAGCCUGUGGCCCAUGUUGUAGCAAACCCCCAAGCUGAGGGGCAGCUCCAAUGGCUGAGUCAGGUCGCCAACGCCCUCCUGGCCAACGGAGUUGAGCUGACAAACAACCAGCUGGUGGUCCCUUCGGACGGGCUAUACCUCAUCUACUCCCAGGUUCUCUUCAAGGGCCAAGGCUGCCCUUCCAACCUCGUGCUCCUCACCCACAAAAUCCAACGCACUGCUGUCUCCUACGAGGAUGCGGUCGACCUCCUCUCUGCCAUCAAAAGCCCUUGCCAGAGGGAGACCCCCGAGGGGGCAGAGGCCAGGCCCUGGUAUGAGCCCAUCUACUUGGGAGGGGUCUUCCAACUGGAGAAGGGGGACCGACUCAGUGCUAAUAUCAAUCUGCCCAAGUAUCUCGACUUUGCCCAGUCUGGACAGGUCUACUUUGGGAUCAUCGCCCUAUGAGGGGGCGGGACAUCCAUCCUCGCCCACCUCCAUCCCUUCAUUAUCCAUCCACUCCUUCACACCCCCUCAUCCCCUUCUGGCCUAGAGUGGGAAUUAGGGAUGCAGGGCCAGGCCCCAGGCUAGAACUUUAAGUAACAACACUUAGUAACCCAGGAUUCAGGGCUGGACAACAGGGCCCUGGCCACCACCAAGAAUUAAAACUGGGGCUUCUAGAAUUCACCAAGGGCCUCAGCUCAAUGCAGCCUGGGACACCUGGAAGUUGUGGGCCAGGCCAUCUUUGGGACUGAUCAGAGCACUUCAGAACAUCCUUCAAGAAGAUCUCCAACUUGACAUGCAUGGACCACAGGGCCCCCUUUCUUCAAAUGUUUCCAGACUCCCCCCUGAAAUGGACAACCCCUCCCCCACGGUGCCCUUCUCCCUAUAUUUAUGUUUGCACUGGCGAUUAUUUAUUAUUUAUUUAUUAUUU